GGAGAGACAAAGAAGAUCUGGUUGUCCCAACGUCGGGGGGUAGGUACGACGUGCACCUGAAGAAGAGGCAGCGCGUCGCAGUAUACUGGGAGGAGGAGGUAUCUGAAGUGCGUCGCUGCACCUGGUUUUACAAGGGAGACAAGGACAAUAAGUAUAUUCCCUACUCGGAGACCUUCAGCGAAGAACUGGAGGAAGCUUACAUGAUUGCUGUGACCCUGGACGAGUGGAAGAAGAAACUGGAGUCCCCUAGCAGGGAAAUCAUUAUCUUGCACAACCCAAAGCUGAUGGUGCACUACCAUCCGGUUGCCACCUCCGAUGACUGGGGCUCAACUCCUACGGAACAAGGUAGACCUCGGACCGUGAAGAGAGGAGUAGAAAACAUCGCUGCCGAGAUCCCCAAUGGAGAGCCGCUGCAAAUCGAUCACCUGGUUUUCGUGGUGCACGGGAUCGGCCCAGCGUGCGACAUUCGGUUCAGGAGCAUCAUCCAGUGCGUGAACGACUUCAGGAACGUUUCCCUGAGCAUGCUGCAAGCGCACUUCAAGAAAGCUCAGGAGCAGCAGCAGAUCGGCCGGGUGGAGUUUCUACCUGUGAACUGGCACAGCUCCCUCCACUCUACCGGGGUGGACGUUGACCUGGAGCGAAUCACUUUGCCGAGCAUCAAUCGCCUGCGUCACUUCAUCAACGACACCAUCCUGGACGUUUUCUUUUACAACAGCUCCACCUAUUGCCAGACCAUCGUGGACACGGUGGCGUCCGAAAUGAACCGCCUGUACCAGCUCUUCUUGCAGAGGAACCCGCUCUUCAAAGGGGGGGUCUCCAUUGCAGGGCACAGCUUGGGGUCGCUCAUUUUGUUCGAUCUCCUGACGAACCAGAAGGCCGCUCCCGAGGAGGACGAGCAGAGCGAAGAGGGGUCCAGGACAGCCUCAAGCAAUGGGGGUAUUGAGGAAGUAAAAGAAAUCCUGAAGAAGCUGGAGCUGUCUGAAUAUUGCGAUGUUUUUGAGAAGGAGAAAAUGGACAGGCAAGCACUGUUCUUGUGCACAGAGAAAAAUCUUAAAGAAAUGGGAAUUCCCUUAGGACCAAGAAUGAAGAUACUUCAUUACAUCAGCUCCAAGAUGGAGAUGCAGGUUUGUCUCCUGCACGGCUUGUGCUCAUCCAGGCCACAUCCCAUCCCUGGGUCCCCGUCACAGCGUGACCCAGACAGUACAGAUGAUGGCAAGAAUUGCCAAUACCGGGACGUUGGCUUAGGACAGGUCUCGGCAAACUAUCCUCAGCUAAACUACAAGCCCACCAUCUUCUUUGCUUUUGGGUCUCCCAUCGGGAUGUUUCUCACGGUGCGAGGAGUGAAGCGGAUCAACCCAAACUACAGCCUGCCCACCUGCAAAGGCUUCUUCAACAUCUUCCACCCUUUUGACCCGGUGGCGUACAGGAUUGAGCCGAUGAUCGUCCCAGAUCUGGAGUUUGAGCCCAUGCUGCUGCCUCAUCACAAGGGCAGGAAGAGAAUGCACCUAGAGCUGAAAGAAGGGCUGACUCGCAUGAGUGUGGACCUGAAGAACAACUUGCUGGGAUCCCUGCGGGUAGCCUGGCAGUCCUUCACUCGAGCCCCACUGCCAGCUGUGGAGGCGGCGAAUACCGACGCCGAAGUGGAGGCAGAGGCCAGCGCGGAGAAGCAGCCAGAGACAAAGCCAGAUGAGACCCCCGCAGCAGUGAAGGAAGAGGCCACCCUUAUUAAUGUGGGGAGGCUGAACGGAGGGAAUCGCAUAGACUACGUGCUGCAGGAGAAGCCAAUAGAGAGCUUUAACGAGUAUUUAUUUGCACUACAAGGGCAUCUCUGCUAUUGGGAAUCGGAAGACACCGUUCUGCUGGUUCUGAAGGAGAUCUACCAGACGCAAGGCAUUACACUGGAUCAACCUUUGCCAGGAAGCCAGUGA